CCUCAACCAAUCCCUUUCAAUCUGCUCACAUCGUUCAAACCACAAUGGACCCUGCCAUAGUGUCCCCGCGCAAGGAUGAGCUGUCGGAUAUAGAUAGGAUAGCAAUGCCUAUCAUGACCAAAGCUUUCAUCUAUUAUGAGCUUCCGCCCACCGUCGAUCUCGACAAACUCAUCGCUUCAUUCAGAGAGGGUCUGAAGAAUGCAACCCGCCAUGUUCCGUUCAUAGCUGGAAACCUCGAAUACGACGACACCGGCAAGCCGUACAUCUUGACAAGUGCAGGAGAGAGAAAGGAUUUAUUUGUUGUCCGCUACUUUUCACCCGCUGAUCAUAAAUCGUUCUCUGCAUUGGCCCGUGACGCGUUCAGCCCUGCGGACUUGGACCCUGAGAAGCUCUUGCCGGCAUUGGCAACAGAGGUAAAGCCAGUGUGCGCACUUCAACUGAGUGUCAUCGAGGGUGGUUUGAUUCUUGGCUUCGCCGUCAAUCAUGUGGUGGGCGACUGGGGAUCCAUGGACGCGUUCCUGUCUUUAGUAUGCCAAGGCAGUAAGGCACACCAAGAGGACCUCGAGAUGCCCACGUACACUCCAGUUCUCGACCGGACACCCUACAACGCUCAAUUCACUGUUCCCAAGGACAGCCUCCCUGAAGGACUGAAUCUGUGCUAUGUGAUCGAGAAGGGCACAUUCAUCCCCAAAUCGCCACCACCUUUCCAGACCAGCAUCUACGGAAUCACCGACGCUUCCCUGCAGGAGCUCAAACAGAAAUGCGAACCUCUCGACGGGGUAGACUACGUCACCUCCUACGACUGUCUUUCAGCUCUUCUUUGGACCUCAAUCACCCGAGUCCGGCUGCAGCUCCAGCCUGAGAAGAACACAAGCCCAACGACCUGCAUCAACCCCGUGGACCUCCGUUCUCGAGACCCGGAGAAUAAAACAUCGGAGCAGUACUUCGGAAACUCCGUCUUCCCUGCUCGCGCAGGUCCGACAGGCAGCGAGUCCUUAGCUUCGGAUAAGGGCCUCGCAAUUGCAGCGUCGUCCAUCCGCAAAUCCAUCCAGGGGGUAACCAUAGACUCGGCCGCCGGCUUAGCGUCCUUGGUGGCAUCUCUAGCCCCGAACGAGGCGUUGGGCUAUCAUGUCAAUUUCCACGAUAUGGACAUCCUUGUUAACAGUUGGUAUUCUGGAACUGCUGAGAAGUACGACAUUGGGACUGGGUCCUUGCCGGCUGCGUUUCGCACUCAUCGGCCGGUCACGGGAGGUGUGGCGUUGGUUUUGCCGAAUUUCAGCAAGGGGGAUGCGAGGGAAUAUGAGGUUUUUCUUCAGCUGGAGUCGCAGCAGCAUGAGUUGCUGCGGAAUGAUGCGGAAUUUGCCAGGUAUUUCGAGCAUCUGGCAGGAUUCAAUUAA